GAUCCUGAAAAAUCAGACCUGCGUCGGACGUUGUCUGGAGUUAAAUCUCGGAGUUAAAUCCCAUUUUGCAUCUAUUUUAUGGAUUUCAGGUAGGCCAAAUCAGAAGGUAAUCAGAAGCAGGAUCUACAGAACUCUUCAAUCAUGGCCUUGUUCAAUGUGCGGCACAUAACUUUAGGACUUCAUCGAAACUUAAGGUGCUCCACAAAGCUUCUCCCUUUAAAACAUGAGAGGUCUUUCACAUCCAGCCAGAAGGUACAUGUUGAUGACGCUGCUAGUUCUGGAACCCUUCCACAGUCAGAAAGAACUGUAGGUGCCGGUCAGAGUUUGUUUUUAGAGCUUAGCUCAUUUGGAUCAGUUGAAACUGCACUUGAAGCUAUAAACCAGAGAGAAUUUUCAGGAAAUGAAGCAUCAAUAGCCGUUAGAGCUCUGCGUCACAUCCAAAAGAAUGAUUCUUCUAAUCCAGAUAUUGCAACAGAUCAACGGUUUAACAAUUUGGCAGCUUCUAUCAUAGAGGGAAUAAAGAAUUUAAGCAAUGAAAGCCUCACAAGUACUCUUGCAAAUGCAUUUCAUAUGAACAGUAGCAAUGAUGAAUUUAUUCUUGCUUUAGAAGGUGAAUGCAGACGAAGACUGAGACUUCUUCCUAUUCGAUCAGUUGCAACCAUUGUGUGCAAUGACCAGUUAUUAUCAAAAAGAAUGGAAACCAAAGCACUUGUGAUUGAAGCGGCACGUGUCCUUGAGCUCCGCUGGAGGGAGUUACAGAAUCCUCAACUUGUGCGACGGUUGUUGCCAUCUGCGGCUAGAGUGUCAGAACCCCUACUAGAGCGUGUAGAAGACAAGACUUUAGAGAUGCUCAGCCAAUUUACUUUUCAGGACAUCACAGCCUUGAUGAAGUCAAUGGUGGCUACAAAAACAAGAUCACUUCCAAUCUUGCGGGCCAUAUCAUACCAGCUGCUUGAGCAGCGUUCACAGUGGGAAAUUCCUGCCAUGAUAGAUAUCAUGAGUGCAAUGGGCAAUUUAGGCUUCCAUAAUCCAGCACUUGUCAGUGAAUUUGCAGUGCAUAUACAGCAGAGACUUGAUGAAUGCUCCCUCAGUCUCUUGUGUGACAUUGCAAAGACAUAUGCUGUGCUGCGUAUCCAAGCAACCAGUCUCUUGGACUCCAUCCACAAUGUUGCAGCAGGUACAUUGGAGGAACUUACGAUUCUGGACCUGAAGAGGCUCUUGUUCGCAUAUAGUCAAUUUUCUUACCAGCCACCAGAUCCAAGCACAUUCUAUGCUGAAGUAGGAAAUAAAUUAGACGCAAAAUUUGAUGAAUAUUCUGUGAAAGAUCAGAUAGAUGUGGCCCACUCUCUGACAGUGCUAAAGCAAGUGCCUCAUAAGAUUGUAGCAAGAGUUGUUAAGCAUGUUGAGGAGAGUCAGAAGGAUCCUCUGCAGGUCACUCAUAAACUGAAGCUACUACAGAUCAAUGCUUAUUCCCAGCUGGAUUUCCCUCAAUAUGAAGGCCCCUACCUGACUUUAGAAAUGAAAUCCUUCCCCGAAGACCACAAAUUGUACACCUCAACAUUACACAGAUCUUUGUUUAAGGUGCUACGAGCUUCACUUGGAGAUGACUUGACCAUGGUAGAAAAUGUCAAAAGUGACCUUGGUUAUAUCAUAGAUGCGGAAAUUUCCAGCAAAUUGAAAGGAAAUGGUAAAAAGUUGGCAAUCGUCACAUUCAGCCCUCCAUCAUACCUCUAUUCAACAAGACAGUUGGUAGGACGUCUGGAAAUGAUGCUCGGUCACCUUGAACUCGCCGGAUACCAAGUAUUGCAGAUAUCUUACCAUGAUUGGUACCCUCUACGGACACCGGUGCAACAAGUCAAUUUCCUCAAAGACAAGCUAAAAGAAAUACUUGAAUAAAGGAAACUAGUCAUAAAAUACUCAAAAUGAGAAUUCAUUUAAUGAGCUAGUGUGAAUUAAUGCGGUCCUGUACUUGUCAUUAACGUUGUAUCGGGCGAUCUCAAUUAUCUUGAAAUAUUGCAUUAGACAUAGGUAGAAACGCAAAAUGCCAAGGCUCUGUGGCUAUAAAAAGUUGUUUUUUUUAUACCUCCACUCACCUUAUUACAUAGCUGCUAAAGGUUUUUGUCUCACCUGCAUAGCAGAGUGAGACUAUAGGCGCCGCUUUUCCGACGGCGGCGGCGUCAACAUCA